GAAUUUUGAAUCAAAAUAUGGAUAUAUAUCUUCACAGGAUUAGAAAAACAAUUUCACACCUUUUAUUUUGCUUUCCAUAUAUGCUGUAAAUACUACUGUACGAGGCUCCACUCAUAAGGCUCAUCAGGAACAUGGCCUAAAAGUGACUAGUGUUAUCGCGUGCGCGGUCGUUGCCGCAUGAGCGCGCGGCCGCCGCCGGCCGGAUCUCCUUGCUCCGGCCACUCCCACGACUGCCGCUCCGGGAUCCAGCCACCUCGCCGCCUGCUCCCUCCUUCCCUCCCACAAUCAGGUGUGGGAGCUGCGCCCUGGCGACCUCGCGCCGUCCCUCCCGUCUUCAGCGGCGGCGGUCCGUCGGCCACCACUUCGCCGGUCCGAGCUCCGGCCAGCAUGCUGCGGUGGCUUCCUGCUGAGAUGCCUUCUGGCUGCACUCCGUGCGUCGUCCUGCAGCCGCCCUCGUCCGCUGCUCGAUCCAAUCUGGAUCGGGAGUUCUCGUCCCCGCCGCCGCAAUCCGCGAUGGGCCACUCCGUCCAGAUCGGUGGCGAGUCCGAGAAGGUGCCAGAGCUGUCCCAAGGCAUGCUGGCUGCGCCCCUGCCGGCGUCCGCACGGCUCCCCUUGGAGGACCUUGCUGCCGCGAUCCGCGUCGCCGAAGACCUGAAGGGGAUGAGUUCUCCCAUCACCAGCCACGACGCGCCGGACCCCGUUCCUGGCUUGAGGCCGCCGUCUCAAGCUUCUAGGACGCUCGGUGCUUCUUCGGCCUCUGACCAACCCCGGUUGCUCCUUCCCGUGGGCAUGGGCAACGGCUUGGAGCUUCCAGCGCCUCCUUCGGUUCUUGGCUCGGGGCGGCCACAGCCUGAGUCAUGGUCCCCGCUGGACGCCGACGGCGACGAUGACACCAAUGAAGAGGAGUUGGCCCCUAUGACACCGCUUGCUACCAAGGCAUCGGCCCCGGUCGCUGCCCAGCCGAGUGUGGGAUGUGUAACAGAGGCGUGCGGGGGAUGGAAAGAGGUGUUGCCCCGGCAUGGUCCGCGUAGCCCAAUGUUGCCAGCCCCGACAAUGGCUCCUCGUCCCAUCCCUGCCUGGAUGCAUGGCCGGUGCUGCAGAUGCCUCGUUCGUGGGCACCGUGCGGCUGAGUGUAGAGACCCGUUUCGGUGCUCCCGUUGCUUGGAGAACGGUCACCGUGCACGUGGAUGUCGUAAUCCAUGGCGUCCUCUAAGCUCGCUGUCAUGCCUUGCCGUGCAACCAAUUCUGGGUAUCGUGCAUCGUCAUGCUACAGCUUCAUGUGAGAGUUCAAUGAAAUCCGCACUACCAUCCAAGGCGUUUCGUCAUGGGUCUUGGGCGUCUGUCGUCUCUGCUACCGGUGGCUCGGCCACCCAGCCUGAUGUGCAGUCUGUUCUGGCUGAUCAAAUCGCGCAGCUGCAAGGUUGGAUGACGUGGGUUGGGAGCUUUCCAGAGAGGGCGGAGGCUGCUCUAGACAAGCUCUCCUUAGGGCCGGCUAUGUUGUCAACCAGUCUGAUGUCAUGCCCUCUGAUGUCAUGCCCUCCUGGUGUGGCCGGUGCUGCCACCAUGGAGGAAGGAAGCCAAGAGCUAUAUGGAUGUUUCUCUCCUCGUGUUGGGGACAAUGCAUCGUCACUAUCGACCUUGUCUCCUGUGCUGCCUACCAUUGAGGGCGAGCCCAGCGCCAUGCUCGAGUCUCCGGUUCUACAGAUCAUGCCCGACCUACAGGAGCUAUGUCUGAGCCCUGUUUUGCCUUUGUCUGUGGAGCGCUUGGAGGCGGACUCAUUAGUGAUCUUGUGUGAGGGGCAUGUUUCGCCUCUGUCACGUGAGCAAGUGGAGGUGCCUGAGGCAAUUGUGUCAGUGGUUCCUGUGGGCGAUGUUGUCGUCUCAGUGGUUUCUGUGACUGAUGAUGUUGAGGCGGUCGGUAUGUUAGCGUCUGACCCUUUGGAGCCCAGCCAGUCGCUCGCCUUUGUGGACGGCGGAUGUUCCGGUCACCAACUCACACGUGACCGUUGGGCACGUGAUGUCUGUGCGUGAAAAGGUCGAUGAGAUUCUCUUCGA